AUGGAAGCUCAACAUGGACACAGCGCAGCUUGCUGCAAUAUCCCACCCAUUGUAUCCAAAGGAUAUGAACACAAGGGAAAAUAUGAAACCAUUGGUGGUCUAAACACUUAUGUCACCGGUCCCGCAGACGCCAAAAAAGCCAUCUUCAUGAUCUUCGACAUCUUCGGCUUCUAUCCCCAAACCAUCCAAGGAGCUGAUAUCCUCGCCAACUCCGACGAACAUAAUAAAUAUCUCGUUUUAAUGCCAGAUAUUACCGAGGGAAACCCAGCUGAUAUUAGUUGGUAUCCACCUGAUACUGAAGAGAAGCAGAAGAAAUUGGGAAAUUUCUUUCAAACGACGGGAUUACCUCCAAAGUGUGCGGAAAGUGUCCCGGGCUUGGUGAAGGCGAUGGGCGAGAAGUAUCCUUCGAUUGAGAAGUGGGGUAUGCUUGGGUUCUGUUGGGGAGGUAAAAUCGUCUCCCUCACUGUCUCUGCUCCUUCCAAUCCUUUCGUUGUGGCGGCCGAGUGUCAUCCAGCUAUGGUUGAUUCAAAAGAUGCAGCGCAGAUUAAAAUUCCGCUUAUUAUGAUAGCAUCGAAGGAUGAAGAUGCAGAGGAAGUGAAGAAAUUUGAGGCGAAUCUUACCGGAGAGAAACAUGUUGAGACUUUUAACGAUCAGAUUCAUGGAUUCAUGGCCGCACGAUCGAAUCUUGAAGAUGAGGGGGUCAAGAAAGAGUAUGAGAGGGGUUAUAAGACGCUUAUUCAGUUCUUUGGAAAACAUUUAAAGUAG